CAAUUUGAUUGAUGAAACGUUCGAAUAAGUAAAAAAUUAUGUUUUUGUACCGACGUAUUUGAGGUUUGAGAGCUCGGGGUGGGGGGUUGAUGCUGCAUGUCGUGACACGGGUUGCACUCCGAUCGAAUGAGAUGCCAUCGUUUUUUGUUAUUCCCGUCCUCACCCCAAAAGAGGAAGUUUGAAUGGCACGGGGAGGGGUGAGGGGGGUGAAAAUGAGUCCUUUUGCAGAACCAGUCGUAAAACCAGCUUUAAAAAAACACAAAACGACACAGACAGACGGACCGCACUCCUCAAGUGCACACGGGCAGAGUGCCGUCUCUCUGCGAGUGUGCUCUCCGGAAUCGCACCAAACCAGCGAGAACGACGAGACAAUCGAGAGAGCGCGAGAGAGAGCGGUGGCGUUGGGGCGAAUCCAUCCUCCUGUCAGCGCGCGGAGCGACGUGGCCGCGGCUGAGUGUCACCUCGGAAACAUCACAAGACGAGCGAAAAACCACAAGAGACAACAUCUGUGCGGCUCGUGGGAUAGAACUUCCGAGAGCGAGCAAGCCAGCGGGGCGGGGGGGGGGGGGUGUGAAGGUCUUUGGUGAAUUCCUCCCUAUCCUGCCCUUCAAGCGAAGCGACCGCUGGGGUGGCCGCGGUCGAGCAAGCGAGCGUGCGACGCAUCCGUUGGCGUUGACGCGGCCGGCCGCAACGCGGUGGCGGCGCCGGCCGCGAUGGAGCCGUGCGGCGUGCGCUACCAGUACAGCGUGAUCGUGCUGGGCGACGCCACGGUGGGCAAGACCGCGCUGCUGCGCCGCUUCGUGGAAGGCACGUACGGCGAGGAGAGCGAUCCCACGGUCGGCGUCGACUUCUUCAUCCGCACGCUGGCGCUGGGGCCGGACGCGGGGCGCAGGGUGAAGGUGCAGCUGUGGGACACGGCCGGCCAGGAGCGCUUCAGGUCCAUCACCCGCUCCUACUACCAGGGAGCGGCCGGCGCCCUCCUCGUCUACGACGUCAGCCGGCGCCCGUCCUACUUGCACAUCGCCGACUGGCUGGCCGAGGCCCGCAUCCACGGGCCACCCAGCGGCAUGGCCUUCGUGCUGGUGGGCCACAAGUGUGACCUGCAGGGCCAGCGUGCCGUGUCCCGCGUGGAGGGCGAGCGCUUCGCGAGCGCCCACGGCAUGGCCUACGUGGAGGCGACGGCCCGGCGGGGCGUGGGCGUGGAGGAGGCCUUCGUGGAGCUCGUGACGGCGAUUCACGCCCGCACCGUCGCCCUCGAGGCCUCCUCCUCUCCGUCGUCCCUCCCAGCCAAGCUGCCGCCCGGCGUCAGGAUCACCGAGCGGCCCGAUCGUGCCGGAUCAACCCCCGGGCGCUCGUCCCGCCGGGCGGGACUCGGCUGCAGCUGCUGAUGGCAGUGCCGGUGGGGGUGGGGGCCUUGGGCACGUGGCGGCCACCGAAAACGCAGCCCGCGCCAGUGGAAUAAACUAUUAACUUUAUUUUUAUGUUACCAAGUAAGGCACCACUUAGCUAUGUAGCUCUUUUUCAGAAGCGACCUGGCUAGCAAAAAUGAUAGCUCAACGAAGUGGCUUAUCA